AUGGAUUGUUUCCAAACUUCACUGGGCCACUCCUGGAUUUAUCCCACUGUCAUCCUCUGCUUAUUUGGGUUUUUCUCCAUGAUGAGACCCUCAGAACCCUUCCUUAUCCCAUACCUAUCUGGGCCAGACAAAAACCUGACCAGCACAGAGAUAACCAAUGAGAUCCUUCCCGUGUGGACAUACUCCUACCUGCUGCUGCUGCUCCCCGUGUUCAUCCUCACCGAUUACGUCCGCUACAAGCCAGUCAUCGUCCUCCAAGGCAUUAGCUUAAUCACCAUGUACCUGCUGCUCUUGUUUGGCCAAGGAGUGAGAGCCAUGCAGGUUGUGGAAUUCGUCUACGGGAUAGUCACUGCCACCGAGGUGGCCUACUUUGCCUACAUAUACAGCGUGGUCAGCUCAGAGCACUACCAGAAAGUGAGCGGCUACUGCAGGAGCAUCAUGCUGGUGGCCUACACGGCCGCCUCGGUGCUGGCCCAACUCUUGGUGUCGCUGGCCAAAAUAUCCUACUUUUACCUCAAUGUCAUAUGCUUGGUCUCUGUCUCCGUGGCUUUCCUUUUCUCACUUUUUCUCCCAAUGCCCAAGAAAAGUAUGUUCUUUCAUGCAAAGCCCAGAAAAGAAGCACGCAGGCCAUUAAGCAUAAAUACAGGGUUAGGGGAAGGGGCAACACCUGGCCGCCAUGAGGAGAAACCCACUUCAGAAACAGCCACCACUUCAGGAAGCCUGGGUGCCGGCCAGCUCAGCAGCCCCAAGCCAGAAAAUGUCGCUCGGAGAGUGUUUGUGCAGUGGUUCCAGGACCUGAAGGAGUGCUACUCCUCCAAGCGCCUUUUAUACUGGUCCCUGUGGUGGGCUCUCUCCACAGCAGGCUUCAACCAGGUCUGCAACUACGUUCAAAUCCUGUGGGACUAUAAGGCACCGUCCCUAAAUUCUUCCGUCUAUAAUGGGGGAGUGGAAGCUAUCGCCACCUUUGGAGGGGCCGUGGCUGCCUUUGCAGUGGGUUAUGUGAAAGUCAACUGGAACCUUCUGGGAGAGUUGGCCCUGGCCAUCUUCUCAGUGGUCAAUGCCAGCUCCCUACUUCUCAUGCACUACACAACUGACAUCUGGGCAUGCUAUGCUGGCUAUUUGAUGUUCAAGUCCAGCUACAUGCUUCUUAUAACCAUAGCAGUAUUUCAGAUUGCAGUUAAUCUGAGCAUGGAGCGGUAUGCCCUGGUGUUUGGAAUUAACACCUUCCUGGCCCUGGUGGUUCAGACCAUCAUCACCGUGGCCGUAGUGGAUCAGAGAGGGCUUAACCUGCCCAUCAGCAUUCAGUUUUUAGUUUAUGGGAGUUAUUUUGCUGUCAUUGCUGGAAUUUUCCUUAUUAGAAGCCUAUACACUAUCUACUCAGCCAAAUGCCGAAAGGAAGUGCAAAGCUCUGCUACAAGUCAGAGCCACAGAUGA